GUCUAAUGUGAUCCGUGGUGAAAUGGGGAUUCUAUGAAAAAGUUCUGUUCUCUUCUGUAGAUCUGUAAACUCACACUGCUCAACCUGAUGAAGAUUUAGAAUUUUAAACUGAAGACUUAUAGACUAAACCCAGAAAAAGCUAUACAAGAUGGCAAACAUUCCAGAAGUGUUGCUGUACACUCUUGAAAACUUGAGGCAAGAUGACUUGGAAGGAUUCAAGUGGCAUCUGAUUAACGGUGUGGAAGGAAUCUCCCUCAUCCAAAAGGCUCUUCUGGAGAAGGCAGACAGACCUGACACUGUGGAAAAGUUGUUGCAGAAAUUUGGACACAGUGGAGCCAUAGAGGUCACACUGGCUAUCCUGAAAAAGAGGAACCAGAACCAACUGGCUGAGGAGAUAAGAAGUCUAUGGACUAAACCCGAAGACGGUGGAGACGGAACAGAAGAAGAAACUGAAGAUCAACAGCACUGCGUCCAGCUGAAGUCCACCCUCAGGCAGCGAUAUGAAAGUAUACUAAUUGGGAAUUCAAAAACCUGCUAUGAGAGGUUCUUGGAGGAUAUCUACACUGAUCUCAUUAUAGUGCAGAAUCAAAGUGGAGGAGUCGUUCAUGAGCAUGAAGUGAUGCAAAUGGAAAUGUCUUCCAACAGACCUGCUGGUGAGGAAAUUUGUGUUAAAUGCAGUGACCUUUUCAAGGUCCAGCCUGGUACCAGUAGACGGAACAGAAAAGUGUUGACAAUGGGAAUUGCUGGAGUGGGCAAAACUGUGUCAGUCAACAAAUUUAUACUCGACUGGGCAAAGGGGGACGAGAACCAGGACAUAAGCUACAUUUUUCCUCUUCCCUUCCGUGAACUGAAUCUGAAGAAAGAUAAAGAGUUCAGUUUGAUUGAACUUCUGAAUCACUGUUUUUCUUCAAAAACUGAACUGAGGUCUCUUCCAGAGGAGGAUGGUAAAAUUUUGUUUAUCUUUGAUGGACUGGAAGAGUGCUGUUUUCCUCUUUACUUUGAAGAUGGAGAGGAAGUAAAAGAUAUCCAUGAGAAGACCUCAGUGGGAUCAUUGUUCACCAAUCUUAUCAACAGAAAUCUGCUUCCGUUUGCUCUCAUUUGGAUAACUUGCCGACCAGCAGCCGCCCAUCUGAUUCCCCGGGGCUACAUCAAUCUGGUGACAGAAGUACGAGGAUUCAGUGAUGAACAAAAGGAGGCAUACUUCAGCAAGUACUGUAAUGAGGACAUAGCAAUGAAAAUUGUUUCACACAUAAAGAAAUCAAGGAGUCUCCACAUCAUGUGUCAAAUCCCAGUGUUCUGCUGGAUCUCCGCCACUGUCCUUCAGCCACUGAUGGCUCAAGAAAGCAAUAGGGAAAUCCCCACAACUCUGACAGGAAUCUACAUAAGCUUCCUACUACAGCAGAUAAACCUAAUGAAAAAUAAAUACAGUGAGAAAACCAAAACUGUUGAUGCUGAGCACAUCAUUCUGAAGCUUGGUAAACUGGCCUUCUGUAAUCUUGAGAGUGGUACUCUGAUUUUCUAUGAAGAUGAUAUCAAGAAAUGUGGCAUUGAUGUCAGUGAUGGCACUGUGUUCUCAGGAGUGUGCACACAGAUUUUCAAUCAGCACGAGGGAAUUUUCAGCUUUGUGCAUCUGAGUGUUCAGGAAAGCCUUGCAGCUUUAUAUGUGCAUUACUCACAUUGCAAUGAGAAAAGGAAUGCAUUUGAAGAGAAGACAUUGCUGAACAAACUUAAAUGGAGAAAUAAGAGAAUAACAGAUCUCCACAAGUGUGCAGUAGAAAGAGCUUUGCAGAGUGAAAAUGGACACCUGGACAUUUUCCUCCGUUUCCUCCUCGGCCUUUCAGGUCAGCAUGUCGUAACUGAACUUCUGCCAAAUCUGAAGAUUGAAACAGAGAGUGUUAGUGACACAGCUGACUAUGUCAAGAAGAAACUACAUGAAGAAAUAUCACCUGACAGAAGAAUGAAUCUCCUCCACUGCCUGAGUGAACUGAAAGACAACUCCCUGACAACUGAAAUCCAGAAACACCUGAACUCAGGAGAUAUUUUAACACAAGAACUCUCAUCUCCACAGUGGUCAGCUCUGGUGUUUGUGUUGCUGAUGUCAGCGGAGACUCAAGAGAAGUUUGAGCUGAAGAAAUACAGGCCAUCUGAUGAAGGACUGAACAGACUACUGCCAGUGGUGAAAAACACAAGACGAGCUCUAUUAGCUUCGUGUAAUCUUGGGGUAAAAACUUGUGAAGAUCUGGAAUCAGUUCUAAAACUGGAAAACUCUUCUCUAAAAGAACUUGACCUCAGUAACAAUAACCUCUGUGAUUCAGGAGUGGAGCUGCUCUGUGCUGGACUGAAAAGUUUACACUGUAAACUGGAGAUACUCAGAUUAACCUUGUGUAAUCUUGGAAAAAAGACUUGUGAAAAUCUGGAAUCAGUUUUAAAACUGGAAGUCUCUCCUCUGAAAGAGCUGGACAUCAGUAACAAUGACCUGCAAGAUUCAGGAGUGGAGGUCCUUUCUGCUGGAUUGAAGAGUUCACAUUGUAAACUGGAGAUUCUAAGAUUAUCUGGUUGCAUGAUCACAGAGGAAGGCUGUUCUUCUUUGGCUUCUGCUCUGAGUGAAAACCCCUCACACCUGAAAGAACUGGAUCUGACCUACAACCACCCAGGAGAGUCAGGAGCGAAGCUGCUCUCUGCUAGACUGGAGGAUCCACGCUGCUCACUCAACAUACUCAGACUGGAACAUGGAGGUGAGAUCAGAAUUAAACCAGGACUGAAGAAAUAUUCCUGUGAGUUCACUCUCGACCCAAGCACAGCACACACAGAGCUCUCUCUAUCUGAAGGGAAUAGAAAGGUGACCAAUGUGAAAUCUGCACAGUCGUAUCCUGAUCAUCCAGAGAGAUUUGAUAACUGUAAUCAGGUUCUGUGCAGAGAGAGUCUGACUGGACGCUGUUACUGGGAGGCUGAGUGGAGUGGAGAGGUUUUUAUAGCGGUAACAUAUAAAACAAUCAGCAGGAAAGGACUCAGUGAUGACUGUAGGUUUGGAAGGAAUGAAAAGUCCUGGAUUCUGAUCUGCUCUGAUAAAAGUUACUCUGUCCGUCACAAUAAUAGCACAACUAAUCUCUCUGCUCCUCCCUCCAGUUCUAACAGAGUAGGAGUGUAUGUGGACUAUCCAGCUGGCACUCUGUCCUUCUACAGCGUCUCCUCUGACACACACACACUGACACACCUACAUACUUUCAGCUCCACAUUCACUGAACCACUCUGUGCAGGAUUUGGGGUUGAUUAUUAUGGCUCCACAGUGUGUGUCUAUGUGAGAUAGAAUA